AUGUCGAAUCCAUCAUCUCCAUCCGCUUCUUCUUCUAUUUCAGCCCAUGAGGCCAAUGCUCAACAUAAGACUGGCUCAGACCAAGUGUUGGGUGCGCCUCGUGUGGUUCAUCAGGUGACCGCCGAUGGUGAGUACGUUACAAUUGGAGCACAAACUUUCAGACGCCAGGACUUGGCAAAUAUAUUCGUGAACGAUUUGGAUUCAGAGACUUAUCGUAGACGUCCAAAAUUGCAAAGACUAGCCAAUCCCGUGCCACUGGGACUGGCGUCGUUCUCCUUCUGUGCUCUCACACUUUCGCUGGUAAAUGCUAGAGUACGUGGUGUGACAAUCCCAUCAUUGCUAGUUGCGCCUUUCCUCUUCUUUGGUGGUGCUAUCGAGUUAUUUGCUGGAUUGCUAUGCUUCGUAACGGGCGAUACUUAUGCGAUGACUGUCUUCAGUGCAUUUGGUGGGUUUUGGAUUAGUUGGGGUUGUAUUAACACAGAAGCAUUUGGUGUAACAGCCGCCUAUGCUGAUGAUCCGCAGAUGUUUGCCAAUAUUACAGGGUUUUUCCUAGCCGGUUGGGUAGUCUUCACUUUUCUAGUAUGGCUAUGCUCCAUGAAAAGUACUUGGGGAUUAUUCCUAUUACUAGGAUUCUUAGACAUGACUUUCCUGUUGUUGUGUAUAGGUACGUUCAUUGGAAAUGUGAAUGUUACAAUGGCAGGUGGGUAUUUCGGUAUUUUGAGUUCUAUUUGUGGAUGGUAUUCGUUGUAUUGUGGUAUAUCAAAUGACGAUAAUGGGUACUUGCCGUUAAGAGCUUAUGCUAUGCCUAAUGCCGCAACCGUCUAA